AUGAGUUCUGAAACGAUUUCCAAGCACGAGUUCGAAGUGCGAGACCUCGAAAUCCAAAAAGUGGUCGUUUUUUCGGACCGCGCCGAAAUUAAGCGACUGGCCAGAGUUCAGCUUAAUGCUGGUACCAAUGAAGUUCAUGUCAAGGUAAAAAUCAUGAUUUUGGAUUCAAAAAUUUGAAACUAUCCACUUUUUAGAACCUCACCUCCUCCUUGCUGCCGGAUUCCCUACGUGUUGACGGCCGCGGAAAAGCUCAAAUUCAUGAAGUCCAGGAGAAAAGCCAGCCGGCGGUUCAUGAGGAGAAAGAUUCGCCUAAGGUUUUCUGGAAAAAAAAUAUAAAUUAUAAAUAUUCUUUUCUAGGUUGCCGGACUACGGAAAAUCCUGAGAGAACGGGAACACGAAAUGAAGGAGCUGGAAGAACGAAAAGAAGUUCUUGACAAGAGAAUUCAGGCUUUGGAUAAGAUGAUUAGUGAGGUAUGGAUUGGAAAAAAACAGCUUUGAACGGUAAAGCGACAUUCAAAAUUAAGAGAAGGUUUUAGUAACUUGGAACUUCCCAAAAACCAGAAAAUAAUCCCACAUUUUUGUGGCAAAUCCAAAGAAUUUUUAAGUCUUCUAGCUGAGAAAUUGUGCGGAGAGAAAAUCGAAACACUGUCAGUAUACAAAAAAAUAUUUCUAAAAUAAAAAAAUUCAUUGACUGAAAAAAAUUCAAUUUCACUUUUUUUCGCGGCUUUGCUUGUCCGUGGAGCACACUAUGCGUCGGAGGAUAAUUUUUUUCUGCAGAUUUUUGUUAUUUUCCACUGGUUGUUAUUUUCCCUCUUCCUUUUUUUGGAGGCUUUCUUCAACCUUUUUCCUUUAUUUAUUCUUCUCAAUUAUUUCUAAUAAUAAAAUUUAGGUCGGUAGCAGCGUUGUGAACCCACCAAAAGAGGCUGGAAGCUCCUUCGCCCUCGACGAAAAUACUCUGGGAAGCUUGGAAAAGUUCUUCGAGUACUACGAGAACACCUCGGCCGAUUUGCGCAAAAGUGCGAACUUUUUAAUGACCAUUUGCAAUGAAAAUUGCUUUUUAGAAACGCGAAACGUGCAGGAGGAGCUUGAAACAGCGGUUGAGAAGACGAACAAAGCGAGAAAUGAUCUUGCACAAGCGAUCAAUGAAUCGUAUUCGCAUGGUUGGAGCAGGUGAGACUGGAGUGAAAUUUAAUAAUUUUAGGGGUUCUGUAGGGAAAUGAUAUGAUAAGACUGUUGUAAUAGGUCUAAAAAGAAAAAAAAAGACACGUUGCAAGUUGAAAAAUGGAACAAAAUAAUCAUUUAGAUCGGCGAUCAUCACCCUGGAAAGCCCUGCCGAAACAGAAGCCGAACUUGACAUCAUUUAUCAAGUUUACAACGCCAGCUGGCGUCCGAGCUACGAUAUCCGUGUUGAUACCGGCGCGACUCCCAAUUUAAAGGUUAUUUUUUGAUUUUUAAUAUUUUGAAAAAUCAUUUUUUGCGUAUUUCAAUUGGUGUAUUCCAUAGAUUGCUAUUUUGUCAUGAAAUUACUAUCAUCAAAACGAUUUUUAGAUCAGCUACUACGGUAAGAUCUCGCAGUCGACCGAGGAAAACUGGGAAGACGUGCCACUGGUGAGGAAAAAUGGAAUAAUUGGGAAAGUUAUGAGUUCUUGCAGGUCCUCACAACGGCCCAACCCUGCUUGGGCGGUCAUGUUCCAGAAUUGGGCACUUUGGAGGCUUCCUUCUGGCGUCCGCCACCACCACCAGUCGCUCAGCCUGAAAGGAUGCUGUAAGUACUUUAUUCUAGAAAAUUAGGGGAAAAAUCGGUGUUGACUCGAAAAGGUUUUUGAAUUUUUAAAGAUGAAGAGGACUAUAGGUGACGUUCGAAAGUAUACACUGGUGAAUCGGGAGGUAGAUACAAGUAGGUACCGGGUAGCAACUCAAGUCAAUCGGCGAAUCGUAAUCGGUGUUCGUUUGUAUGCGGCCGGGUACUAUCUCUAUGGUACCUGGAUAGUACCUGAUCGGUAUCUGGAUGCUACCGGGUAGGUACCUGAAAAUCGCGAUUGCUAGUGGCUUGCACAUCGUUCGUUUAUAUACCAUCAGUGUUUUUUUAUACCUUCCCAAGCCUUUCAGGGUCUUAUUGGAUAAAGCUGAAACAAAAAAUAACGACCCGGGAAGCAAUUCCAGACUUUCCGGAAGAAAUCGCGAAUGUCAGGUAGCUAUCCGGUAGCUACUUGCAUCGACCUCCGACCCAGGUACCAUAAAGAUAGUACCCGGUCGCAUACAAACGACCACCGAUUACCAUACGCCGAUUGACUUUUUCAAAAGUUGCUACCCGGUAGCUAUUUGUAUCGACUUUUCAAGGCGUUGGAUUUUACCUCAAUUCAAACUUUCGGAAUGAAAAAAUCAUUAUUUUCCGUUCUUCAAUAGGAUUCUCUUGUUUUUAAACUAACAAGAACUCUGUUUUUUCUAAUUUACUAACCUUCAACUUGUAUAAGUUUUAUGUUUUUUCAAGCAGGGCUCGCGGUUUUGGUGGCCCACAAGUUAUGAACAAAUGCAUCGCGCCGAUGGCCGCGGCUCCAAUGAUGGACACCGUGGCGGUGAGUCUUUCAUAGUGAUUUCCGCGCGAACUUGUCACCUUUAAAAAAGUUGAGAACUGGGCUGAGGGUGAUGGCCAAAAAAUCCACAAUCAGCCGCAGUCGCGAACUUUUUUUUCAAAUCUAAUUUCAUGACUUACAUCAACAUAAAUAUUUCAUAUAACACAUUUUCGAUCUCUCACUCCCGCAUUUACACACUCUGAAAGUUUCAAGACAAAAAGGUUCGAUAAAUUGCAAAUUUUCGACCGCGUUGCAACACUAUAGUCAGCCCGGAUCACAGCUUUCAAGUCAAAUAAUUUAUUUUGUUGUUUUAGUCUGAUGUAAUCGACUAGGCGGUGAACAAGAACUUUUUGAGCUAUAACGAACAACCGCCUUUGGCGAACUAGAAGUCCAAACGUGUAGUCGAAAGAGUUGAAAGUCUUACGGUCCUUCGCCUCGUCCUUCUGCGCGUAGUCCAUCCAGUUGCGCCUUGACGAGCUCAGAAUGUAGUGGAUGGUGUAGCUAGAGCCCGGAGACCGUGCUCUAGGUGGAAGCCUCGGAAUGAGAGCGACCACUUCGAGUGAAGAUUUUACAAGGAAUCCUUUGAAGAUUGUUUGAUCGUAAUUUUUGAAAAAUCACAAUAAACACAGCUUUUUUUUUGCCUGCUUCGCUUCCAGACCUGUUAUCAGUAUUUUGACCAGAUGGAAAAUGACUAGCUCAAAGUUUAGAAAAAACUUGCGAAAAACUUGAAAAUGUUCAAAUUUAGGUCGCCGAGGUUCGUGAGAACACCCUGAGCACCGAGUUCCAAAUCGCACGUUUGGCUUCGAUUCCUCAAGGAGGAUCUGAUCAUAAGGUUGGUUUUCGUGUCCUUAACCGGAAAAAUGUAAAAAAAAAUUACAAUAUUUUGGAGUAGAAACAAGCGAAAACUUUGGGAAAAAAAAAACUUUUUUUUAGUUAAUUCAUUCAGUUUCUCUCAUUUCAAAUUAUAAGCACAGACAAGUUAGCGGGAUUUUUUUUGUCAUAAUAUUGUUUUCAAAGCAGCUAUUAAAAAUCGUUUUUGGGAGGUUGGUUUUACUUUGAAACUUUCUGAAUAUAUCUCAAAAAACCAAACAUUAAUUAGAUGAAGAUCCUAAAUUUCAAUCUGCGAAAGAAUUGGAUUUUAUUUUUCUGAAAAAGAACGAUAUGAAAUUUCUGAGAAAUAUGAACUCUAUAGCGUUCGUUUCGAUAAACCAAGAAGUGGGGCAGUUUUCGGCUUUCAAGCUACCAUAUUGAAGAUUGUUUGGACACACGUUCUCGGAGAUAUGCGAUGUACAGUGGGCACAAAAAAUUCAUGUUGCUUUUUUGAGCUCACAUUUCCAUCACAUUAACUAAAAAUGUAUACAUAACUUUUAAACAAGGUUUUGUCAAGCUCCGCCCCCAUUGAGGAUUACACGAAAAAAAUCUUACUUUUCUCGUUGGUCCAAAUCGAAUAAAACUUUUUUUAAACGAAAACUAGUGACAAAGUGAACGAACUUUGUAUACUGACUUUCUUUGAAAAAAAAAAAUGUUUCACACUGGAAAAAAUUUAUUUUCAUUGGAAGUCGGGGAUUUUUUUUUAGCUUUUUGAGGUUUUUAGGCAGGAUGAUCCGUGAAAUUCCGUUUUUUAAACGAAGCGUCAGGUCUUCAUACUUUAGAAAAAAUAGUCCAUAUGUUCCAGUUUCAAGUGAUCCAGUUGAUCUCCAACUCAUUGAAAGCGUCCAACUCGAAUUUGGCCAAAUCUUCAAAAUCUCUAACUUUCUUCAAAGUAGGAUUUUGAGGUGGAGUAAGAUGUUUUUGACAUCAUCUAAAAUUACUUUAUAUUUAACAUUGAUAUCUUUAGAUUCCUUCUAGAAAAAAGAAAUGUUUUGCUCAGUUUUCUGAAUUUUCAGGUUUGUGUUUUUUGCCCUAUUUUCGCUAUUGCUAAUUUUCUGAGAAACUGUACGAAGUUAUACAUGAAGUGCACUUGUUUUUUGUGAACUACAGGUACCACUGAGUAAUAAAAAAAUGUUUUCGAGCUGAUCUUCCGAUGGUCCCAGUAUGUCAUAUUCCGGUCGAAGUUGACCUCCUCAAAAAUCGAAAAAAAUUUAAAAGACCGCUGAAAUUCUAUUAUUCUGUUUUUAAAUUAUAGAAAAAAUUUUUUAACGUAGUUUAUUUGUAGUUAAUGUGAUGGAAAUAUGAGCUCAACAAAAGCAACAUGAAUUUUUUGUGCCCACUUUUUUUUGUUGCACGUCCUCGAUUCACUCGGAGAACGUGUGUGGAACAGUAUCCCUUACUAGGGGACUACUCGGACUCGGGUACGCGUUUCGAGUUGAAACUUUGGUGGCUUAUAGACCCGGGUGAGAGUACUUGGAAACAAGAGAGAUUAUCUGCUAAACCCCAUAGGCUUCUGAGAAAAAGCUUUUGGAAAAUGAACAGUUUAGGCUUGAAAUUAUCAAAUUUUUGCUUUUCUUCUUCUUUUGGCUGGAAAAAAGUUUUUUAGAGUUUAUCAUAGCCGGAUCAUUCAAGGCAAUUGUAUUAAAGUAUGAAAUAAGGUAGAAAGCAAUAUUCUGAAAAUUUUCAAGCCUAAUUUUCACAUUUUCUACAAAUUUUUUCUUAGUUCUCUAUUGGGUUUAGCAGAUAUUCACACCUUUUUUCAAGUAUUCUCACUUAGGUCUAUAAACCACUGAAGUUUGAACUCGAUCCGCGUACCCGAGUCCGAGUAGUUCCCUAGUGAGAGUUCGAAUUUUGAGUAAAAUUACCUUCCUAGCGCGGUUAGAAGUAUCAUUUCGCCCCUAAUGACGUCAUCUAGUUAUAAUUAAAGGGAAAGAUCGCUGUAAUUCAUUUCUCUCUUUUUCAUGCCUUGCUCAGUAGUUUCGGUGAAUUUGAAACAAUCUCUGACUCUCCGAAAUUUUUUUUCCAAAAUAAAGUUUUGCCGAAAAUCCCUCUCUCUAUAGAAACGGCAGACCAGUGCGCAUUCAUCAGUUUAAAGAUAACGGCAAAAUUGAAAAGACCGUUUUUUUUUUCUGAACGGCUUUAUAAUUUUAAUCGUUCAAUGAACUUUUUUUUUCAAAAAUUGAAUUACAUCAUCAUCCAGGUGACGAUCGGAAUCGUUGACGUCAUCCCUCAACUGGUCCACGAGACGGUCCCAUCGAAGAACACGUCGGUUUUCCUCACGGCCAGCGCUGUCAAUAAUUCCGUCUUGGCCUUCCUCAACGGAGAAGCUUCCGUCUACCUGAACAACGCCUUCGUUGCAAAGGUAUAGCGACAAAAAAAAAUGGAGAAAGAAGGGAAUGGUCAUGAGAAAAAAGAACAGAACAGACUUUUCCGGAACAAGUUGGGUUCCAGCUAAAUUACUGAUCUAUUCCGACGUUUAUUUAUUUCUUUUUUUCAGACCAACAUCAAGAACGUCUCCCCCGGAGAGCGUUUCUCUGUUUCUCUCGGCGUCGACACGGCCAUCAAGGUCGAAUACAAGCCGGCCAAGAAGUACCAUGAACAGGUGGAGCUUGAGGAAAAGUUCUGGAGAACCUCAAUAAAAAUUCAGACUGGAUUCAUCAACAAAUCCUCGACGAACGUCAACGAACAACUGAUUUCGGUCAAGAAUUCCCGAUCUGAGCACCCGAUUUUGAUCACCAUCAAGCAUCACGUGCCGCGCAGUACCGAUGAGAAGAUCAAGGUUUGUUUCGGGGAAAUUUAACAUUUUUGGAGAAAAAAUGAGCUUUUUAUCAGGUUCAAAAGAGAUGAAUUGGAAUAAUUAAACAUGGCUUCGAAAAGAGAAGUAGGAAUGUUUCAGGUCUAAGCGAAAAAGGGCAAGUUUUGGCGGUAUGAAAAAAAUACCAGCGAAAAUUCAAAUGGCGACUUUUCCGAUUUUUUCGUAUCACUAGGGAACUUUCCAACGGCCACUUUUCCGACGAAACUUUUUCCGACGUUUUUUUCGAUAAAAUAUUUGUUUAAAAUCUUCUUAUAUAAUGUAGGUAGUUGGUUCAUGAUUAAAACACAAACAAAUAGGAAAAAAAAAGUUUAUAGAUGUUUUAUAAACCGAAAAAGGUAAGGGAAAAAAGUCGGAAAGGGGUUCGUCGGAAAGGUGGCCGUCGGAAAGUUCCCUAGCGAUAUGAAAAAAUCGGAAAAGUCGCCGUUUGAAUUUUCGCUGGUCUUUUUUUCAUACCACCCAAGUUUUAUCUGAUUCUGAUUUUUUUAAACUUUAAAUAGGUUGAAAAAAAUGGCAGACUAGACCUUUCCAACAGCAGAAGCUCAAAAAAACUGAUAAAAAAACUUGGAAGCCGGAAAAAAAUAAUUAAUUGAAAAAAAUACAGUUAUCAGUUAUCGUUGGGGUCAGUUUUUGGUCUAUUUAAAGUUUCAAUAUUUGAUGACGUCAUAAUUUUCACAGUUGAAAAGUUGAGAAUUUUUCUCUCAAAUAGAAGAUUUAAGUUAUGAUGUAUCCAGGUGGAGGUUUCGAUUUUCCUUAUGAUUUGAUAUACAAAUCGUUCAAAGGAAUUUUAGAACUUUCGAAUUAUUUAGAGUGCCAAGCUUCAAUAUUGCCUUUUCGGAAUCCUGUGAUUUUUCCAGAUCUCCCUGAUCAACCCCAACGCGACGCCUUACGACGCCACGGCCGCUGGUCAUCACGAAGAAUCUCCGAAAGAAGGAGCCCGACUCAACUCGAACAACAACUUGGAAUGGACUGUCCGACUCCCUGGAGGCAAAACCGAGAAUCUCGUCAUCAAAUGGGUCGUCGAACAUCCCAAGGAGGAGAAAAUCGAGUACAACGAGACAUUUUGA